AUGCUUGUAACAUACAAGUCGGAUAGCACGAUAAGGUUUAAGCUUGCUCCUCUGCCUGGCAUUCCAGUUCAAAUAUUAGGUCUAUUCUGCUAUGGAUGCUUAAAGGGGGGCUCCGGGUGCCCUUCACCAUGGUUGUCUCCUCCAACUCAGACUAGGGAGGAGCAAAAGCCCCUAAGACGGGCAACUAGAACAAAGAACUCAGGUACGUGGCUGGAAGGUGAAAUACGUCACAUAGCUUCAUUCGCUCAUAGCUCUCAACUCCAACCCAUAAGACAUCAGAACAAGCGCAACUCCGAACUAAGACCGCAGGGGGAGGAAGGGGAACGAAGUCACUCAACUGAAAAAGGAGACGGGUGGAAGUCAAAAGCUAUAUCAGCAUCCGAUGCGAGUUCAUCUAUUCCCAACUCCCUUUCUAGAACUCGAGCUCUUAGCUCUUUGGCAGGAAGGUCCCUCCCUUCGGGCACGCGCAACUCUAACAAACAAGGAGAGGGAACGAAAAAGGAUAGGGGUCUCACAAGACAAACUCAGCACCCGGGAACAAGAACAACAACUAUAGAGAAGGAAUGGGCUUCCCUUUCUCCUGAAACCAGAAAAGACAGGCUCAACCGAACAGCUACUUCAGAGGCAAAGUCUCAUAUUAUCUUAGAGCAGGGGUUAGUGAACGCAUAG